AUGACUAACCCCUCAAAAUCCAACUCUAACAAACACCACAGCAAAAGUGAUAACCUUGAAAACGCAAUCUGGUUCAACAGCACCCCCACCGAUCAAGGCAAGUACAUCGAAGUCGACGUCAUCAUCGACGAAACCACCCGCAAGCGCCGAGCGAAGCGUUCCGCACUCUGGCAGAACCACAUCGACGGGGACCUCAAGCACGAAGUCGAAAUGCAUAGACUUUUGGUGCACUGGGCACAAUCUGGGGUUAGUAUGAAGCAAAUCGGUGAGUCUCCUGUGAACAUGCUUUAUCGGCGUUAG